CCCCGCAAGUGCUUUUAUACGGUGCAACACCCCAUCAUCUUCUUCGCCCGAGAGUGAAGUCACAGGCUCACGUGUCACAGCGUUGCAUCAUCUUCUCUUCCUCCCUUCUCUCAUAUCUCUGAUCAUUUCCUCCUUGUAAUCUACAAGUAUUGAGGUUCCAGGAUGGAACAAGAGGUGAUAGAAGCAGAGAUGAUCUUACCUACCCACCUACGUUUUAAGAAGAUUCAGAUGCACGAGAAGUACCCAAAAGGGCAAGCUAGAGGGAGGCACUGGAAACACCUCAAGCAGAUCAUACAAGCUGAAAAUUACCAAAAUUAUCCCGCUGAUGAACCAAACUAUGUUAAUAUCGAAACACCACCCUCGAUGCACCCUCGGAAGCACAUUUGUGAUAUAACUGGAUUUGAGGCACCUUAUAGUGACCCAAGAACCCAUCUGCGAUAUGCAAACACAGAAGUCUUCAAACUCAUCAGAUCGCUUCCUAACGAGUAUGUGCAAAGAUAUCUUGCUCUUCGAAAUGCAGCAGUGGUUCUCAAAUAAUCUUCUCUACUCGUUGAGUUCGUCCCUUUUAUUUCAAACUCUGAAUUUGAUUGGAAGAUAACUCCAAGGAGGACGGGAAGUCGGUUUUGUUAGUCUCUACUUACUCUAAUUUCGUCACUAGACGUAAAUGACAUAUAUAACCUUUUGAAGAAAAACAUGUAUACGAUUGCUACUAACCCGAGACCUGGUGAUGGAAAAGUUUAAUCCUACAAGACUCGAAUAUAAAUCGUUCCAAGUUUCCGAUCAA